AUGGUCUCCAAAGGGAAGCUCCACGCCAUCCUCUUCCCAAUCCCUCAUCCAGGCCACAUUAACCCAUCCAUCAAUUUUGCUCUCAAGCUUGCCUUGAGGGGUUUUGUUGUCACUUACGUCAAUCUUGAGUUUGUUCAUCACCAAUUGAAGUCGAAAUCCCAAGCUACAGAAGAUAUUGAUAUAUUCUCUGAAGCGCGCAAAUCCGGCCUUGACAUACGUCACACAACAGUUAGCGAUGGUCUUCCUCUGGAAUUCAAUAGAGUUUUCCACUUGGAAGACUACUGGGAGCACAUGUUGGUAAAUUUUCCAGCUCAUGCUGAUGAAGUUGUUGGGAGAAUAAUCCAUGCUGAUCCAUAUUUGCUCCAUUUCUUGGUUGCUGACACUUUCUAUGGAUGGUCUGCAACGGUAGCCAACAAGUACAACAUUGCUAAUGUCUCAUUCUGGACAGAGCCAGCUCUCGUGUAUUCUUUAAUCCGCCAUUCUGAGCUUCUUAGAGAAAAUGGUCAUUUUCCAUGUAAAGAUAACGUUGCGGAGGAAAUCACUUAUAUUCCUGGAAUAAAAACAGUACACACAAAAGACUUCAUGCCUUACCUGAAAGAAAGCGAUGUUGAAACUACGUCAUACAAACUUGUUUUCACAGCAUUUAAAGAAGAGAGCAAGGCAGAUUUCGUCCUGCACAACACAGUGUAUGAAUUAGAAUCAGAGACACUAUCAGGUCUAAGCAAAUACAAGCCCCACUAUGCAAUUGGCCCUAUUAAUUUCUCCAAAGGGCUUCCCACUAAUACUGUCAGCAAGAGUUUAAAUCCUGAAACAGACUGUAGCCAGUGGCUGGCCUCGAAGACCCCCAGCUCUGUUCUCUAUGUAUCUUUUGGGAGUCUAGUCCAGACAAGUAAGCGGAACAUAGAGGAAAUAGCUUAUGGGCUCCUCCUCAGUGAAGUGAAGUUUAUUUGGGUUGUUCGAGCAGGGAUGGCAGAAGAUGAAGAAGCUACUGUCCUGCCGGAUGGUUAUGAGGAUGAAAUUCAAGAUAAAGGGCUGAUAGUUCCAUGGUGCAAUCAGUUGAGGGUACUUGAAGAUCCAGCUGUUGGGGGAUUCUUGACACACUGUGGGUGGAACUCAGUGCUAGAGAGCAUGUGGUUUGGUGUUCCAAUGAUAUGUUAUCCAGUAGACUAUGAUCAGCCAACUAACAGGAAACUCGUAAUCGAUGAUUGGCAGAUUGGAAUCAAUCUGUGUGAUGGAACAUCUUUGGAGAGGAAGGAAAUUGCUGACAAGAUAAGGUUUCUCAUGGAUAGAUCUGUUUCAAAGGACAUCAAUGAGAAUGCAACAAGCGUAAAGGAGAAGAUGAGGAGUGCAGUGGAAAUUGAUGGAUCAUCUGAGAGAAAUUUCAAUCAAUUCAUCAGGGAUUUGAGGGCAAAAAUUGAUUCCACAGGUACAACCAAAUGAGUAUGUAUUCAUAUAUUCCAUAUUUUGGUUAUGGCGUAUACAGUAUUUCAGCACAAUAUAUAUUUAUAUAUAUCAUUGUAAUAUUUCAUAUUUUGAUUAUGGUGUAUACAAUCUCUGUAUUUCUUCGUUAUGUAUAAUUGAAUUUGGUUAUGAGUUAAUGAAGUGCCACCAUGAAGUUUGAAUGA